GUAGUGGCGGGCGGCUGGAGACGGCGCCAGGGACCUGGAGGCCCCGGAGCGCGGGGCUCGGCGCGCGGCAGGGACCCUCGCAGCGUCUCGGGAUGACAGCAUUGUGCUAGCGGCGGCCCAGGCAGAAAAUGGCAAAGGAAAGGUGCCUGAAAAAAUCUUUCCAAGAUAGUCUUGAAGACAUAAAGAAGCGAAUGAAAGAGAAAAGGAGUAAAAAUUUGUCUGAGAUUGGCAAACGCAAGUCUUUUACAGUUGCACCAUGCCAGAUAAUCAGCAAUACUUCUACACUGCUGAAAAAUUACCAAGAUAACAAUAGAAUGUUAGUUUUAGCUUUGGCAAAUGAAAAAUCCAAAGUGAAAGAAGCCCAAGAUACCAUCUUCCAGCUGAGAAAACAAUGUUACUACCUUACAUGUCAGCUAUAUGCAUUGAAAGAAAAACUUGCUUCACAACAAACCAAAGAAUCGGCUCAGAACCAGGAAAUAUUUCCCUCUGGAAUGGACUCCAUUGGUGAUGACAACUCCAGGGAUUUAUUUAUGAUGGAUUUACCGCAAGUGGCUCUUCAAGAAACUGACCUUCCAGGACAAGAAGAAUCUUUUCGCAUUGGAGAGCAAAUGCCUGUGAUUCCUCAAGACACACUGGGAAUUGACUUUAAUUCAGAUGAAACUAAGUCCAGUUUUAAUAUCUUACCUAGAACUGUAUCUCUCCGUCGCCAUUUAAAAAGCCAUUUUAACAGUCCAAGUCAGCUUGAUACCUUGGAUGAUUUUGAAGCUAGUCAUUUGGCAGAGCAGACUUUUGAAAUGGAAAGAAUUAGCUAUGUAGACCAGUUAGUAAACAUACACAUGCCUGAACAUGUGAAACAAAAUGUGUGUCAGUGGAACAAGGACCAAAUUAAUGUAUCACCAAAGAUGAUUCACCCAGGAAAGUUCACUAAACUAAAAGAAGUCAUUUUGGAACCCAAAUCUGAACAAACUGAAAGUAAGCAUAAACAUACACAACAGAAAAAAAGAGAAGAAAAGCGAAAAGCUAACAGAAGGAGAAAAUCAAAACCCUUGUCAAAGUAUAAAGGAUACAAGCUUACAAAUAAAAAAACUGUUUCCAAAAAAGAAUUGAAUGAAUCUGUCAGUUCUAGUGAUGCUUACAAUUUCAAUUUGGAAGAAGGAAUUCAUCUAACUCCUUUCCGACAAAAAAUGAACAAUGAUUCUAAUAAAGAAGAAAAUAGCAAUAAGACUGAAGUGAGUGACUGUGAGUCAAGUGGUUCUGGGGAUGACUCUGAUGACCUCUAUUUGCCCCCUUGCAAAUCCACUCAAAAUCUCUCCGACAAAUCAGAUAGACCAGUCACGAGACCUCGAUCUAAAAGAACAUUAAAAUAUACUGAUGAAAAAGAUACAGGGGGUUCUGUGGAUGAAAAAGACACUGAGGGUUCUAUGCCAAUGAGAACUCCUGCCAGUACCACACCAUCUGGAACUCACCAGUCACCUCAUUUUAGCCUGAAGGAUAUCACCAAUGUCCUCUUGAAUCCUGAAGUGAGAAUCAGAAGACUUUCUCUUUCUCCAGAAGCAAAUACAGAAAGCAUGGCAGUGUCUCUGCCUAAGCGCAGGUGCACAACCAGCGUGAACUAUAAGGAGCCCACACUUGCUUCGAAACUGAGAAGAGGGGACCCUUUUACAGACUUGUGUUUCUUAAAUUCUCCUAUUUUCAAGCAGAAAAAAGAUUUGAGACAUUCUAAAAAGAAAAGUAUGAGGAAAACACAGUGAAAUUUGGGUUGGUUGCUGCUUGAAUUCAUCCCUCACCCCUUUCCAUUGCUCCAAGACAGAGUUUGUCAGCACUCAAGCAGGAAAAACUCUUGCCUUGGAAUAUGCUCUUAACAGGACUUCAGCUCAUACACAUUUUUCAAAGAUGUGUUUCGAAUGUGAUGUUUUAUCAUAGCCUUAAUAAAUUUGAUUUAUUUUUCCUUUUGCCUAUAAACUGAACUUGAGCACUAAAAUUGUUUAGAUUUCUUAUGCUGCCUAACACUUUGAUUUUAUUAAAAGCAUAUACUACAUUUUUUGAAAUUAAUUAUUAUUCAAAUUAAGUUUUAAUUUUAAGUUUCUGGCAUCUUUGUUUUUCCCAUAAGUGGAGGGAUACUAGAGUAGAUUUUUUUUUAAGACAGGAUGAAGAUCUUUUGAAAAUCCCUGUAUAGUUUUGAGAAAGUAAGUCUUGACAUUCACAGUAAGUAUAUUCUGAGUUGUUUGUGGAUCCCUUAUACCACUGUUGAAUUUAAUGUUUCAGAAUCAUGAUUAGAGGAUUGAUGGUUGUUUAAUCUGAGAGACUAGUUAAGUGACUAGUUCUGACUCCCAAGUUCUGGGUGUAUAUUAUUCAAAGUGAUGCCUCAACAGAACCAUAAAUAAUUAUUCCAGGAUAGCUCCUUAUUUAGUUAAAAAUCUCAAGUGUUAUAUGUGUGAAUCCGAAGGGCUUUUCUGUAAUUUUGACUAGCCAAUGUAAGGGAAGAUUAAUUCAGAAAGUUUGUACAUACCUCUUUAAACUUCUAAAUCAAUGUAAGUAUCCAAUUUUUAAAGAGCAAUAAAGUUUGUGUAAAAUAGUACAUAUGUAUUCCUGUAGCUCUUUAAAUAUCAAAAGAAUAUCUAUCUAGUUGUCUUAGUUUCUAGUCUUUGCUAUUCUCAUCGUUGUACACUUCCUCUCCUUUCCCCUUCUGUGUUCUCUGUAGUCGUUGCCAAGAAACUCAACUUCCCCUCCAUACUCUCAACCCUACUUUUCCUUCUUAUAACUUUUCAUUGUGCAAUCACCAGGUCUGUAAUCAAGAAACUGUAAUUUUACUAGGUGGAUUUUCUAAUCUUGAUUUCAAAUUUUCUUGACUACGUUUCCAUCUCUGUGAGUUCCAUGUCAGUCACACCUAGAAUCCUUUCUCAUCACCCAAAUUUGUUAUCCCCUGUGGUAUCUGGGGCAAAUACAGCCUGAUUUUGGAUGUUUUUAAAUGGUUGAAAAAAAUCAAGAACUUGAGAUCAAUGUUGGUGGUAUGAAACACUGACUUUCAACCCCAGUGAAUUGCUUAUAUAACAUCUUUGGUCUUGCCUCUUAGCCUAAGAAACCUGAAAUACUCACUUUGUUUCCCUACCCCAAAAUUUGGCAACUGCCACUCUAAACCGUUGACUGACUUCACUUUCGCUUUGUAAAUCAUGUUCUUCUGACACUUUCUCUUACUUUCAUCUUUCCCUGCAUCCCUAGCAUCAUCCAUUAUCCUACAAUCUACGUUAAAGUUUCUGUACUUUGAAUGUUUCUAUAUUCUUGCUAUAGUGUGUAAUCGUAGUCUGUUGUUUUGUAUUUUAACAUUGUGUAUGAAUGUUACAUUGUACAUCUCCUUUUACAGCUAACUUUGAGAUUUAUCCAUGUUGGCAGAAAUGGAUUAUUUUCAUAAUUGUACAGUAUUUUGGUAUGUAAAUAAA